AUGACCGUCGCGCUGCGCUCUCCUGAGCUGGUCACCGGCCUCGUUCCCAUCGACAACGCCCCCGUCCGUGCGAAACUGGGCUCGGACUUUGCGCGCUACGUCCGCGGCAUGCAGCAUAUCGAGGCUGCCAAAGUGACGAAGCAGAUCCCUCCCGUCCGCCAAUUCCUCCUCACCAACCUAAUCCGCUCUUCGGACGACAACGUUCUCAAAUUCCGCGUCCCGCUGACCAUCCUCGGCUCCGCGCUCGACAACAUGGCCGAUUUCCCGUUCGCGGACGAGCACCAUCAGGUACGAUAUGACGGCCCCACGCUGUUCAUCCGCGGUACGAGAAGCACCUACGUCCCGGACUCGGCGAGGCCGGCGAUCAGGCGGUUUUUCCCCAGGGCAGAGGUGGCUGAUGUCGAGGCGGGGCAUUGGCUGAUUUCGGAGAAUCCGGAGGCGUUUCGGAGUGGUAUGUGCCCUCGAUUUAACUAG